AGUGGGUGCGUGUCGCCCGUGCCGUCUUUCCAGCCGGCGCCGGAGCACGUUGCUGGAAGAAAAAGAAUAUUAAGCCCCAAACUGUGUGGAACGUCGCUUCUAGUUUGUCUCCAACCGAGCUGCUUACCUGGAGCCCGAGAAGGCUCCACCAAUCCUAGCAUCCAUCAUUCCUGCCCUUCAUAAUGGCGGAAAAAAACACUAGGAUCGCCAUCGUCAACCACGAUAAGUGCAAACCCAAGAAAUGUCGUCAAGAGUGUAAGAAGAGCUGUCCUGUGGUCCGUAUGGGUAAGCUUUGCAUCGAGGUGACUCCUCAGAGUAAGAUUGUGUGGAUCUCAGAGUCACUGUGUAUCGGCUGUGGAAUCUGCAUCAAGAAAUGUCCGUUCGGAGCGUUGUCCAUUGUUAACCUUCCCAGCAACCUAGAGAAGGAAACUACACACAGAUAUUGUGCCAACUCCUUCAAGCUGCAUCGAUUGCCUAUCCCAAGACCAGGGGAGGUUCUUGGUUUAGUUGGGACCAAUGGGAUUGGAAAAUCCACAGCCUUGAAGAUCCUGGCUGGAAAACAGAAGCCCAAUCUGGGGAAGUAUGAUAACCCUCCAGACUGGCAGGAGAUCUUAACUUACUUCAGAGGUUCUGAGCUGCAGAACUACUUUACCAAAAUCCUGGAGGACGACCUGCGGGCCAUCGUCAAACCGCAGUACGUCGACCAGAUCCCAAAGACCGUCAAGGGGUCAGUAGGGGCCAUCCUGAGCAGAAAAGAUGACACGGACACACAGGACAUCGUGUGUGACCAGCUCGAUCUCAGUCACUUGAGAGAGCGUAACGUGGAGGAUCUGUCAGGCGGAGAGCUGCAGAGGUUCGCUUGCGCAGUCGUCUGCAUCCAGAGGGCCGACAUUUUCAUGUUUGACGAGCCGUCCAGGUAGCUGGACGUGAAACAGAGAUUGAAGGCGGCCAUCACCAUCCGCUCGCUCAUCACGCCGGACAGGUACAUCAUUGUGGUGGAACAUGACCUGAGCGUGUUGGACUAUCUGUCCGACUUCAUCUGCUGUCUUUACGGCGUCCCCAGCGCUUACGGAGUCGUCACCAUGCCCUUCAGUGUCCGAGAGGGGAUCAACAUUUUCCUCGACGGUUACGUCCCCACAGAGAACCUCAGGUUCCGAGAGACCUCGCUGGUCUUCAAGGUGGCCGAGACGGCCAACGAGGAGGAAGUGAAGAGGCUCAGACACUACCAGUAUCCAGACAUGCAGAAGACGAUGGGCGAGUUCAUGCUGACGAUUAAAGGCGGAGAGUUUACGGGACUCUGAGAUCAUGGUGAUGCUGGAGAAAACGGGACGGGGAAAACGACCUUCAUCAGGAUGUUGGCCCGGGGGACUCAACCUGAACAGCGGAGGUGAGGUUCCCUCCUGAAUGUCAGCUACAAACCUCAACCAAUCAGCCCAAAAUUUAAGGGCAGCGUCAGAGCACUGCUGCAUGAGAAGAUUAGAGAUGCUUACACGCAUCCAUUCAUCACUGAUGUGAUGAAGCCGCUGCAGAUCGAGAGCAUCAUUGACCAGGAUGUGCAGAACCUGUCUGGAGGUGAGCUGCAGCGAGUUGCCCUCACACUGUGUUUGGGCAAACCAGCCGACGUUUAUCUGAUUGACGAGCCUUCAGCCUACCUGGACUCCGAGCAGAGGUUGAUGGCUGCCAGGGUCAUCAAGAGGUACAUCCUCCGCAAGAAGACUGCAUUUGUGGUGGAGCACGAUUUCAUCAUGGCAACUUAUCUGGCUGACAGAGUCAUCGUGUUCGAUGGGAUUCCCUCCAAAAAUACAUCUGCUAACACGCCUCAAAGUCUACUGGCGGGGAUGAACAGGUUUCUGUCGCUGCUGGUCACUUUCAGGCGAGACCCGAAUAACUUCAGGCCUCGAAUAAAGCUAAACUCCAUCAAGGACACGGAGCAGAAGAAGAGUGGAAACUACUUCUUCCUGGACGACUAGGAUGACAUGUCUUCAGCCGUUCUGCAGCAAGUGCAUUCAUUCAUGAACCAAUGACUUUGUGGAACAUUAACUGUCAAUGUGCUAAUAAACUGAUCU